AUGUCUCUUUUCGCUCAAGCCAGAGUUGUUGAGAGCCCACCUGUGAUCAUUGUGUCUGGAAUCGUAUCUGUUGAGGGCAAGAUUAGAGAUGAAUACCCGCUCGUGCAGUCGAGAUGCCACUACAACAUCGUCGAUGUUUACUCUAUUGCUGAGCUCGUUCAGGACUAUCACUCUAGUGCUCCCGUCAGUCGCGACGUAGAAUACGUCUUUCCCCUCCCGCCUGGAGGCGCAGUGUGCUCUUUCAAAGCUGUCAUAGAUGAGAAGAAAGUCAUCAAGGGAGUAGUAAAGGAGAAGGCUACUGCUAAAGCUCAAUAUCAGGAAGCAGUUGCACAAGGCAAAACAGCUGGUCUACUCGAACAAGAACACGCAGAUGCACCGACCACUGUCCCCUGGUUCGUGGCCAACACCCAUAACCGCUUCGAUCUGACUGUUGCGAUUCAGAUGAACAAACCUGUCACAUCAGUCAGCUCUCCAAGUCACCCGAUCGGUUUGACGUUAGGCUGCAACGAGAGAGAGCUCAAAGGGGAGUACGAACCUUGCAAGGCGUUUGUCUCUCUUGGAGCUAGCACCUUUCUCGAUAGUGAUAUUGUCAUAGUUAUCUCGGCUCAGGGAUUGGAAACUCCAAGGUGUUCGGUUGAACGCUGGUUCGCCAGUGAAGGGGCAGAGGAGACCACCGACGCCUAUGCUUUUACGUUCGUCCCCAAGUUUGAUCUUCCAGCUUUACCAAGUCAAGUCGAUCGUAGCGGAAGUAUGUGGGGCGGAAGAAUGGACUCUGUCAAAGCAAGCUUGCAGAUCAUGCUCCGCUCUUUACCCUCUGAAAAUACCACCUUCAAUAUCGUUUCGUUUGGAGACAAGUACACGACCAUGUGGCCCAAUUCACAACCCUAUUCCGCCGAAUCGGUCGAAGAAGCCAGCAAGCAAGUCGAUACAUUCAAGGCUGAUUAUGGGGGUACCGAACUUCGCUCUGCCAUCGAUUUUUCCUUCAGAAAUCGUGUCUCGGCUAGCUCAUCUUUCAAGGACAAGACACCGACUGCAGUGUUUGUCCUUACUGAUG